GAUAAUAAAUAUAUCUGAAUUAAAGACAACUCUCACAAUAACCAGUGGACAGAAAUGAUUUCUUCAAUCUUAUAGGUGAGGAAACAGGCUCAGAGAUGUUAAAUGACUUGGCCAUGAUUACACAUACAACCCGAGUGUGUAUGAUUUUAGACACGACAGUAUUUUUGUGAUUUAUAGUUUUUUUGAAAAUUUCAAAAAAAAUUACAAAAAACAUUGCAAAACAGUACCAAAGUUCCCUUUCUGUGCAGUGUAUUUUUAUUUAUUUGAUUCAUUUAUUUACUUUUACCUUCACUCAGAUUUCCCAAAUGAUAACAUCUUGCAUAACCACAGUACAGUCAAGAUCAGAAAGUUAGUAUUGAUGUACUAGUAACUAACCUACAGACCUUGUUCACAUUUCCCCAGCUGUCCUACUAAUAUGUCGUGUCUCCAGAGUCUCCAUCAAAGUGUCCAUCUUUGUCUUCAUGACUCUGACACUUCUGAAAAGGCUCAUAUUCUUACCAUCAGUGUACAGUCUACGCAGAGAGCUGUGCACAUGGAAGGUUCUCCAUUGCAAUAGCUAUAUUUUUGGGGCAAUAAAUAAAUCUGCUUUUUGGGGAGAGGCAGGAGAGUGGCUCCUCAUGUUCUGUUUGUGUUUUGCUUAGCUUGGCCGACCUUGAAGUGUUUAUAAAAAAUAGUGAGAGUGGCUUGCUCAAGGAAGUUGAAAAAGGCUAUUUUAAAGGAUUGGUUGAGAUUAUGGGACACCUUACGGCUCUUAAAGAACGGCAGGGCAGCACUGAUGAGUUGUUUGAGCCCUUAAAGCAAACUAUUGAAUUGCUGAAGACCUAUGGACAAGAAUUGCCAAAAACAGUCUUUAAGCAGCUGGAGGAGCUGCCUGAGAAAUGGAACAACAUAAAAAAGAUGGCCAUUACUGUGAGGCAGCAGGUGGCCCCACUGCAAGCGAAUGAAGUGAGCAUCCUCCGCCAGAGGUGCACAGCCUUUGAUGCUGAACAGCAGUGGUUCUGCGAGCAAUUCCACUAAGAAGCUCCCUUCAGAUUUGACAGCAUUGACCCUUAUCAAAUGCUGGAUGCUGGCAGAUGGAAUCCACCAUGGCCUCCACUGCAGAGUCCGCCAGCCUGUUUGAGGUUAGUGUUCCAGACUACAAGCAGCUAAGGCAGUGCAGGAAGGAGGUCUGCCAGCUGAAGGAUCUCUGGGACACUGCUGGGGUGGUGACCUCCAGCAUCCGUGCCUGGGAGACCACCAUGUGGAGGGAUAUCAAUGUGGAGGCCAUGGACGUGGAGUGCAAGCAGUUUGCCAGGCACAUCUGGAACCUUGACAAGGAAGUCAGGGCCUGGGAUGCCUUCAUGGGCCUGGAAAGCACUGUGCUGAACACUCUGACCUCGCUGAGGGCCGUGGCUGAGCUCUAGAAUCUGGCCAUCCGGUGGCGGCACUGGGGGCAGCUGAUGCAGGCCACGGGUGUGAGCUUCACCGUGGGUGAGGGCAUGACACUGGCACAGCUCUUGCACCGCUUUGAGGAUGAGGUCCAGGGCAUUGUGGACAAAGCAGUGAAGGAGAUGGGGAUGGAGAAGACCUUGAAGGAGCUGCAUGCCACCUGGGCCAGCAUGGAGUUCCAGUACGAGCCCCACCUGCGGACAAAUGUCCCCCUGCUGCGGUCAGAUGAAGGCCUCAUUGAGGUCCUGGAGGAUAACCAAGUGCAGCUUCAGAACCUGAUGAUGUCCAAGUAUGUUGCUUUCUUCCUAGAGGAAGUGUUGGGCUGGCAGAGGAAGCUGUCCACAGCCGAUGCUGUCAUCGCCAUCUGGUUUGAUGUGCAGCGCACGUGGUCUCAUCUGGAGAGUAUGUUCAUUGGAUCUGACGAUAUCUGGGCUCAGCUGCCCCAGGUACUUGCUAAGGAAACCCUGCCCUCUGUUCCCUUCCUGAGUCAAGGGAAGAGCACCCAGUUCCUUCAUCCUCUAGACCUUUCCUUCUCUGUUGCCUGCCUUGGCCUCACUCAACAAAUGCUUGUGCUUCACGAGCCACCAAAAGUCAGGCAGAGGAAAAGAAAGAAGUUAAAAUGUACACCAGUCAGUUUGUCCCUGGGUGGGUGGGCAAAAGAGAACCUGGAUUUUAAAAAAGCCGAUGUACACAAGAGAAGAGAUAGAAAAUAUUUUGCUACUGCAGUUUGUGGUGAGCUGCUCAUGGGUUGUCCCAUAGAUGAUUAUAAUGCAGCUGUCGAUUGGCAGAGAGCACUGUUUCCAAGCAUAUUCACAUUCCUUCUCAGCAGCAAGCUGUUCUGUAACCCUCUGGCCUGUGCCACAUGGGUAGCCCUGACCUGCACUCAGAUCUGGUGGACCACAGAGGUGGGCCUUGCAUUUACCAGGCUGGAGGAAGGCUAUGAGAAUGCCAUGAAGGACUAUUAUAAGAAGCAAGUGGCCCAGCUCAAAACCCUCAUCACCAUGCUGAUUGGCCAGCUCUCCAAGGGGGACCGGCAGAAGAUCAUGACCAUAUGCACCAUUGAUGUGCAUGCCCGGGAUGUGGUGGCCAAGAUGAAUGCUCAGAAGGUGGAUAAUGCCCAGGCCUUCCUCUGGCUUUCCCAGCUGCGGCACCGUUGGGAUGAUGAAGCCAAGCACUGCUUCGCUAACAUCUGUGAUGCCCAGUUUCAAUAUUCUUAUGAGUACUUGGGAAAUACACCUCGCCUGGUGAUCACGCCGUUGACAGACAGAUGCUACAUCACCCUCACGCAGUCUCUGCACCUGACCAUGAGUGGAGCUCUGUCAGGACCUGCAGGAACAGGCAAGACAGAGACCACCAAGGACCUGGGUCGAGCACUGGGCAUCAUGGUCUACGUGUUUAACUGCUCAGAGCAGAUAGACUACAAGGCGGGGCCUCCCUCUGACUGGCCAGAUGGCAGCACAGUGACAGCCGGUUUGUGA